CUCAAUGAACGUUGGAAAGAUGGCGACGGCAUACGCACAAGCGAGAGUCAACUGUACCGGCGGGUAGAAAGUGCUCUAAAGAGACACAAAUCCGCCUCUCUUGCAAAGAUUAAACGGUGCAAAGUCUGUCUGGUCUCGCGUAGACAUGGUUUAGUCUAUGCACGGCUAGGAACAAGAAGCCACUGCUUUUCUAUGGAGCCUCCGGAUCGUAACAAGCCCAGCAGGCCGGCAAAGCCAGGGGAAGAUGCAUCCCAACAGAACUCUGAGGUGCGUGAAUGCUGGGACUCGCCCAGUGAGGAAGAGGAACCUCUGUAUGGCACAUCACCUCCUUAUACCCCCCGUCAGAUGAAACGCAUGUCUGGCAAGCAUCACAGGAACAGCCAGGCGAGGAAUACCGGUCGGUCUCCCAACAAGGCGGACCUUAUCCCACCUGUCCUGAAAGAGAGUCCCAGGCCAGCGGAGACCCCUGAGGAGCAUAGUUACAAGCAGGGCAAGAAACAAAGGGCCACACUGCGCUCCACGGAGAGAGACCAUAAGAAGACAUUUGAAGGCUCCUUCAUGCUGGAUCCACUGUCAAAGUCAAACCCUUUCGGUGCCCUCAACAUGGAUCCCAGGAAGCAUUACUUGAGCUUGGGCUGCAGCAGUUGCAAACUUCCUGUGUCCAUGCCCCAUAUUGCCCGGACCCACCGCCAGACCUCCCGGACAGACUGUCCCGCCGACCGCCUCAAGUUCUUUGAGACUCUGCGGCUGCUGCUCAAGCUCACAUCUAUGUCCUCCAAGAGGAAGGAGAAGGAGCAGAGGGGCCUGGAGAACAUGGCCUUCAUGGGUCACAACAACGAGGUCAUUUGGUUGGAGCUGCAGGCUUGGCAUGCGCGGCGCUCCACCAGCGACCAAGACCUUUUUCUUUUCACUGCCCGCCAGGCCAUCCCUGAUAUCAUCAAUGAGGUGCUGCACUUUAAAGUCAACUAUGCUAGCCUAAGAGGGGCCCAGUGUUCAGGGUCUGAAUCAAUCCAGGGGGACUAUCAAAGUGUCAGAGAUCUAGUCUGUGGAGAGGAGAGGGAGACCAACCACUGUGGAGUAGAUCCCUGGGGCUUUAGCGCUUUCCCCUCAUCAGCGAUGAAUGCAGCAGAGCCUCUGGGCUCUGGCGCUGAUUGUAGGGAGCACCUUCAGCGCCAGCGGCUGGCAUUUGAGCAGGUCAAACGUGUUAUGGAGUUGCUGGAGUCUCUGGAAGCUUUGUACCCCUCUUUGCAGGCCCUGCAGAAGGACUAUGAAAAAUAUGCAGCACGAGACUUCCAGGGCAGGGUGCAGGCGCUCUGUCUGUGGCUCAAUAUCACCCAGGACCUCAACCAGAAGCUGCGUGUUAUGGCCACUGUGUUGGGCCUCCAUGAUCUAUCCCGUAUCGGGUGGCCUGUCUUCGAGAUCCCGUCACCUCGCUGCUCUCGUGGCAAUGAAGAAGAGGAGAAUGAGGACGAUGAGGAGAAUGACUCAACAGCCACUUUUACAGCUGAAAGCGAUGGAGAGGACAGGGAUGCUGAGGAGGAGGAGGAGGGAUUGGGAAAUGUAGCAGAGGGAGAGUUGUCUCCCUCCCUGAUUCCCAAAUUGGCUGGAUUGUUGUCAGAAGAGGAGUUUCUCCCAACUGCCACUGCAGGAAGUGCAGAAGCGGUUGCAGGAGGGGGCGUAUUCUGCCCCACAGCCAUCUACAGACCGUUUGUGGAUAAAGCUCUGAAACAGAUGGGACUGCGUAAACUGAUCCUCAGACUGCACAAACUGAUGGACCGCUCUCUUCAGAGGUCCAGAGCAGCGCUGCUCUGCCACACUCCUGCGCUGGAGUUUUCAGACUUCCCAGACCCCAUGCUGUACAGCGAUUAUCUGCCAGAGCUGUCACGCCAUGUGUCCUGCAGUGGUCCGACUCAUCCAGAGCUCGGAGCGGACCAGGUCUCCUGGGAGGAUUUGUUGGACAUGGACCUCCCGUCCUUCCGUCCAGCGUUCCUCGUGCUGUGUAGGGUCCUUCUCAACGUCAUUCACGAAUGCCUUAAACUGCGACUUGAACAGAGGCCUGCUGGAGAGCCUUCACUGCUCAGUAUCAAACAGUUGGUGCGUGAGUGUAAAGAGGUUCUUAAAGGUGGUCUUCUGAUGAAACAGUAUUAUCAGUACAUGCUGCGGGGCGUGGUGACUGAUGCUCAGGGCUUGCAGACAAAUGCCAAUAUUGAUGAGUUUGAAGAGGACCUUCACAAGAUGCUGGUGGUGUACUUUGACUACAUGCACAGUUGGAUACAGAUGUUGCAGCAGUUGCCACAGGCCUCUCACAGCCUAAAGAACCUGUUAGAGGAGGAGUGGCACUUCACCAAGGUCAUCACUCCUUACAUCCGUGGAGGGGAGGCCCAGUCUGGGAAGCUUUUCUGUGACAUUGCUGGGAUGCUGCUUAAAUCCACUGGAGAGUUCCUUGAUGCCGGCUUGCAAAGGAGUGGUAAUGAAUUCUGGGAAAGCGCUGAUGACAGCACCGCCUCAGAUGAGAUCAGGCGGUCGGUUAUCGAGACUAGUCGGUCCCUUAAAGAGCUGUUCCACGAGGCCAGGGAGCGUGCGUCCAAGGCUCUGGGCUUUGCCAAAAUGCUUCGAAAGGACUUAGAAGUUGCUGCGGAUUUCUGUAUCACUGAUGGGGUGACUUGUCUCCUGGAGGCACUGAAAAAGAGAAACUAUGUCAAGGUCCAGAUUCCAGGCUUGGAGGAGCUGCAAGUGUUUGUCCCCUGUGGCUUGAUGGAUCAGCGGCCUCUCAUCCUGCAGCUUCUCAAUGCUGCUGCUGGCAAAGACUGCUCCAAAGAGCCUGAUGAAAUUGCAGAGGACGAUGCCUACCUGCUCAUGAGUAAACAUGGAGCUGGGGACUCCACUACUGAAUCGGACUGGGCUCAGUGGGACGGAGAGCUGCUGAAACUGGUCCCCCAGAUGGAAACUGUUGACACUUUAAGGGCUAUGAAAGUGGAGAACAUGCUCUUGAUAGUGAUGCAGUCAGCUCACCUGGUGGCCCAGCGAAAGGCCUUUCAGCAGUCCAUGGAGGAUGUGCUCACUCUUAGCCGGGAGCAAACAUCUAGUCAGCCUCUCAUCGCGAGUGCUCUGGAGGAGCUCAAGGAUGAGGCAUUGCAGCUGUGCAUUAAGAUCAGCACUGCCAUUGACCGAGUGGAGUUCAUGUUCACCACAGAGUUUGAGGCAGAGGUGGAGGAGUCCGAGUCAGCCACUCUGCAUCAGUACUACAGGGAGGCAAUGAUACAGGGCUACAAUUUUGCCUUCGAGUACCACAAGGAGGUGGUGCGCCUGAUGUCAGGGGAGUUCAGACAGAGGAUUGGGGAACGCUACAUAGCUUUUGCCCGCAAGUGGAUGACCUAUGUCCUGACCAAAUGUGAGAGUGGCAGGGGCACCAAGCCCAGGUGGGCGACUCAGGGUUUUGAUUUUCUUCAGGCCAUUGAACCUGCCUUUAUAUCAGCCUUGCCAGAGGAUGACUUCCUGAAUUUACAAGCUUUGAUGAAUGAAUGUAUUGGACAUGUGAUUGGAAAACCUCACAGCCCAGUCACCGGCCUGUACAUUGCUCCUAGGAAUAGUCCUCGUCCUGUAAAGGUCCCUCGCUGCCACAGUGACCCACCAAACCCCAAUCUGUUCAUCCCUAAUGCUGAAGGUUUCAGCUCUCGAAGUCUCCCCUGUGAUCUUCGGAACCAGCUGUUCCCAAACGGCCCUCGCCCUGUCCCUCAGGGCCUGGGGGAACACAGCCACACCAAAGCACCCAGCAGCAGCCCCUAUGACGUCAGGGGAUCCAGUUUUCAUGAGAAUGAUCGUCUGUCAUCGGUUGCAGCAGAGUUACAUUUCAAAUCUCUGAGCCGCCACUCCAGCCCCACGGAGGACAAAGAAGAACCUACCUAUCCUAAAGGAGACCCCAACAGUGCUGCACGCCGAAGCUGGGAGCUCCGCACCUUUAUCAGCCAGUCCAAAGACACAGCAGCACGGCAAAGCCCCAUGGAGGCUGUCCGUCGAUCCAUUCGCAAGUUUGAGGAAAAACGCUAUGCUGUGAUGAAGCAGCGCAACAUCAUCGGCCAAGUGUGCCACACACCCAAGUCCUAUGACAACGUCAUGCACGUUGGGCUCAGGAAGGUGACCUUCAAGUGGCAGAGGGGCAACAAAAUAGGUGAGGGCCAGUACGGGAAGGUGUACACAUGCAUCAAUGUCGACACUGGUGAACUAAUGGCCAUGAAGGAGAUCCGAUUCCAGCCGAAUGAUCACAAAACAAUCAAGGAGACUGCAGAUGAGCUGAAGAUAUUUGAAGGCAUUAAACACCCAAACCUGGUGCGAUACUUUGGAGUCGAGCUCCAUCGGGAGGAGAUGUACAUCUUCAUGGAGUACUGUGAUGAGGGCACUCUGGAGGAGGUGUCCAGACUCGGGCUGCAGGAACAUGUCAUCAGACUGUAUAGUAAACAGAUCACAACAGCCAUCAACGUCCUCCAUGAACACGGCAUUGUCCACCGUGAUAUCAAGGGAGCCAACAUCUUCUUGACAUCAUCAGGCCUGAUUAAGCUGGGUGACUUUGGCUGUUCAGUCAAGUUGAGAAACAACACUCACACCAUGCCAGGGGAGGUGAACAGCACGCUGGGAACAGCAGCAUACAUGGCACCUGAAGUCAUCACCAGAGCAAAGGGUGAAGGUCAUGGACGAGCGGCGGACAUCUGGAGUUUGGGCUGCGUUCUUAUUGAGAUGGUGACUGGAAAGAGGCCCUGGCACGAGUAUGAGCACAACUUCCAGAUCAUGUACAAAGUAGGCAUGGGCCAUAAACCCCCCAUCCCGGAAAAGCUGAGCACAGAGGGGAAGGACUUCCUUGGCCACUGUCUGGAGAGCGAACCAAAACGCCGCUGGACAGCUAGCAUGCUGCUAGACCACCCGUUUGUCAAGGUUUGUACGGAUGAAGAGUAAAUGGAACCUCCUCUGUGGCUUUUAAGUUUACAAAUUAAAGCACUACUGUACAUGUUGUUGGCAAAAUGAAAAACUGUGGACGUGGAGAAGAGGAAGUUAUGGCUGAAGGCACAUGGAGUUAAACUGAGGAACUAAUACAAUAUCAUUUCACCUGGACCUAUGGAGUUAUAGGGUUGUGUCUUCAUAUACCCAUGGACUUGGGGGUGGGUGGGACUGUACAUACUGUAAGAAUAGGAUUGGCUUUAAUUCUUGUAUACAAUAUUGUAAAGUUAAAGUAAUUAUUGCCACAUUUGUUGUUCUCACUGGUGAAGAGACCUCUGAAAAGGUAUUGAGGAAUACACUUUUUUUUUUUUUUUUUUUUUUACAAGUGGGAGGGGAGACAGAAUCUAUGGCACUUUUAAACUGUUUACCCAAGGGGCACUUGAGUAGAGGAGGGAGGAAACUUUUUUCAGUCAUCCUUUGAGGCAGAAAAAGGUGUGGUAAGCCUCACUGAAUGGAAGGUUUACCUUUCAAAUUAAUUUAUCACUUGUCAUUUGACAAGCACGGGCACUAGGAAGGAUAUUUUCUUUUAAAUGUAAUUUUUCUUUGCCUUUGCUGAGGAGUAAAUGUCAAGUUGGAGCAAUGUUCAAGUCUACUGGUCGCCGGUGAAGAGCUGUUCACCUGACUGGAACGUAGCCAACUGAGAGGAGAAACGGCCUGCUCUCCCUCCCUGCUGCUGACACAAAACAUCCACACAACCAAACACAGACACUGACACACACCACAACUUCUGGUCCUCUGCUGCUCUUACAGUGUUUGCUAUGUACAAACAAUAUUAAUAAACCAAUUGUUUUUUUUUUUUUUUAAUGAAAUGUGUAUUUUUUUUUCCACCAUGCCAUUGAUUAGUAGUAUUACAUUACUAUGAAAGAGGUAGUUUUAAUUAGAGCUGACAAUAAAAUUAUUUUUAUAUAUAAAUAAAUGAAAAUGUAUAUGCUAUUUGAGAUAUAAUAUGCACAAAGCACAAACUAUUCCAGCUAAUAAGACAGGUUCUAAUUUACAUUAAUUUGAAUUGACACAUUUGUAACAGCUUUCCUGUUUGCAUUUUACCUUACUGUACUGCUUAUUGUGAAAGGGUGACCAACCAAAAAGGUAAACACUGACAGGCUAAAACUGGACGUAUGAAAUGAGAUUAGAUUGUUGUCUGCAAAUGGAUAUUUGGCUUGACACAGUGCAAUUGACGCUUUUGCCACAUUAGCUAAAUGUUUUCAGUGACUGAAUCUGAUCAACCCAAUUAAAUUAAAUUAACUUAAAUAAAUGAAAUUGAAUUUAA